AUGCGAAUUUUUUGUGACCUUUUGAUUUUCAGCCUUAGUCUUCGUUACUCGACCUACGCUACUCCUGUCACCGAACAAUUACCAGCAAAUACUGAAGUUCCAGUUACUGAGGAAGUAAGCGGCGUUGAUGACUGGUUCAACUAUGACGGACGAAUCAUCGGUGGUUUGCCCACUUCCAUACUCAAUUUUCCUUACCAAGUAUCGGUACAGUACAAAGGCCAGCACACUUGUGGCGGUGCCAUCAUACGACCGAAUGUCAUCAUCACAGCAGCCCAUUGCGUUGAACCAACGAUGACGGUGAAUGCAUUUAAAGUGCGCGCCGGCUCCGCGCAGUACGCCUAUGGCGGUCAACUGCGUACCGUGCAGCGCAUUUUUAGGCAUGAGGGUUACUCUUCCACCACCUACAACUACGACGUCGCUCUGAUGCAACUCGAACGAGACUUGAUAUAUUCAAAAGCGGUGCAACCAGUACAAUUGGCAGCGUCGAAUGCACUUUUGUCUGGACGAGCAAAGUUACUUGUCAGCGGUUGGGGCCUCACCAGCGAGACAGGCUAUGUGUCGUCUGUGUUGAACUAUGUGGAUGUGAAUGUGAUCCGUCAGGAGACGUGCGUGCAGAAUUACAAAUAUGUAGUGCCCAUUACGGCGGAAAUGUUUUGCGCUGGGUAUAGUCAAGGUGGCAAAGACUCGUGCCAGGGUGAUUCUGGCGGUCCACUGGUCGCAUACUAUCGCGGCGUGGCAACACUGUACGGCAUUGUGUCGUGGGGUGUGGGCUGCGCACAAAAAGAAUAUCCCGGUGUCUAUGCUAAGGUGUCCGCGUUGAGGCCGUGGAUUGAUGGGAAGUUGGCGAACAUUGCGACCUCGAAAACGUCUGAGUACCGAUUAACGUACCUGAAAACCCCUAAGUACCAAGUUUCAGAGGUGGGGUCAAAAAUUUUAACUUUGAAGUCUCAACAAACACAUGCUGAUCAACUAAAGGUAAUGGUGGAAUAUAUGGAUAAGCUCGAUUCAUUAGCUAAAAAUAGCUUACAGAGUGCAGCUAAUGGCCGUUCGAAGAAGAAAGAGUUAUGCGAUAAGCUAACGGAAUUGUUAAACAGUUAUUGUUAA